AUGUCUGACGAUCCUAGGGCACCGGCACACGGCCUUCACGUCGUGCCUAGUAGGCUGGUCUACGAGUCUCUUUGCACAGACGCUGCCAUCUCGAAGAUUGCCGAGCCUCACUGCCGAUUGUGUGGAAUGCAGACCUCGGACGCAGAUCAGGCUGGUCGGGAAUUGCAGCGUUGUUCCGGUUGCAAAACGGCUUUCUACUGUUCGAGAAGCUGUCAGAAGCAAGACUGGAGGCGGCAUAAGGUAGAAUGUCAGCUGCAGCAGAGAGUAACAAUUGCCUUUCCGGACUCGCAGCCCUCGUCCGACGAUUGGGACGAGAAAACCACCAGUGCCCAUCCGGACUUGCCUCCCAAGACAGUCAUACAGUCUAUGCUACAUGACUUUCGAAUGCGCGGCGAUGCAUUCCCUCCGAUGGACAUCAACAACGAAUAUGUCGCGUUCAUCCUCACUCUCCGAGACCAUAAGGCUAGCCCCGCCUCUGUUUUCAAAUUCAAAAGUGGCCUUGCGCCGGUACCUAUGGACGGCAUGGACCGUAAGGGUCGGGAGCAGCUCGAAGAAUUCAGUACCAGACUGGCUCGAAAUGCCAAGCUGGAGGAAGGUAUCAAAGCAGGUUGGUAUGUCGUGCCGGUCUUCUUCCUAUUGGAUGACUUGGACAUAGCAGUCACGAUGACUGGCGUCGAGCUUACGCGCAGCCACCUUAACCCUUCCCUCCUGAUGACCCGAGUACCAGACGAUGCGCCGUGGUGGGCUCAGCUCGAGUACAACGCCGCGAACGGGCUCGCAUUGGCUACACGAUGGGAUGAUGCUAUGCAGGUCUUCAUCAUGGAGACAGGUACCCUGAAGCAGCAUGGCAGCGAUUGGCAUUGGGAAAGGGUCACCGAUAGCGGGAAGGCAGGGGUCAUCAUUCGCAAUGGGGAUACCUUGUACAGAGAGUGA